AUGGCCCCGGCCCUGCAGCAUGGCGACAGCAGCGCAAUUGAAGCGUCCCAAGCGCUGCAAAAGGUCGAUCGGCGUCUGAUUCCCCUCCUGUUCAUCACCUACAUGCUCGCCUUCAUGGACAAAACAAUCCUGUCCAGUGCGGCAGUUUUUGGCCUGAUCGAGGAUACACACCUGGUCGGACAGCAGUAUAGCUGGGUAUCGAGUGCAUUCUACUUCGGUUAUUUGCUCUGGGAAUGGGUAUGCUCACCUAGGUCCGGUCUUCCGUCACUACAGCUGACAGACAUUAAGCCCACCAACUUCCUCAUCCCACGCGUCCCCGUGGCAAAAUACCUAGCUGCGAAUACGUUCUUCUGGGGGACCGUGGUCGCUUUGACUGCCGCUUGUGUCAACUAUGGCGGCUUGCUAAUGGUCCGGUUUAUGCUAGGGGUCGCAGAAGCAACCAUAACGCCGGCGUUCAUGUUCAUCACUACCACGUGGUAUACCCGCGAUGAGAUACCUAUACGAACCGGUAUCUGGUUCUCGGGAAAUUCCUUUGGUGGGCUUAUGGCCAGUCUUUUGGCGUACGGCGUCGGCCAUAUAGAACACCCUCUGCGUCCAUGGAUGUGGCUUUUCAUGAUCCUUGGGGUAGUCACUUUCUUCUGGGCCUUCGUCAUUCUAGCCUUACUCCCAGACAGCAUUUCGAAUGCGACUUUUUUGACCGAGGGAGAGAAAGCGUUCAUAUCAGAUCGCGUCGUCAUUGCCGGAACAGGACGCACAGAGGGGACUAAAUGGAACACAGAGCAGGCAUUCGAGUGUUUCCGAGACCCUAAAACAUGGCAUCUCCUUGGAAUUGUCACUCUGCUCCAGAUACCCAACGGAGGCAUCCAGAACUUUGCGAACCUGGUCAUCAAGUCCUUCGGGUUCACGGCCUUGGAAUCCACCUUGAUCAAUAUCCCUGUGAGCCUCAUCAGCGCCGGGACAAUCACCCUCACCGGAUGGCUCGCGGGUCGAUUUCGGAACAUCAACUGCAUCCUCAUUGCGUGCAUCCUGGCAAUAUCAGGCCUCGGAAGCACCCUGGUCUAUGCCCGGGUAUACCACGUUUCCCUCGGCAUCCAGCUCUUGGGAUAUUUCCUCCUUGCCGCGGGCCCUGGCGCGCUGCCUCUGACCAUGUCCCUGGCGCAGACCAACUACAUGGGCGUUACCAAGAAGAUGACCAUGACGGGAUCGAUGUUCGUCGCAUACUGCGUGGGAAAUAUCGCAGGCCCUCACUUGUUCCGCGCUCGCGAAGAAGGCCAUGAGACCUCGUUCCGGUCCAUUCUCAUUUGCUAUGCGCUUGCAGCGGUGUUGACCUUUUCCCUGUACUUGUAUCUGCGACGCCUUAAUUCCCGACGUGAUCGUGAAGAAGGUAUGGUAAACACCGGCUCCGCUGGAGUCCCCCAGCAGCCAGGUGGCCGUCAAACGGGUAGCACGGAAGUAUCUCCGCUCAUCCGGACCCUCUCGAGGCAGGAUGAUGGCGAUGAUGUGACCGACUGGAACACAUUCGAGUUUCGCUACCGUCUCUAG